AUGACCGAACCCACCACCACCGCCCCAACGUUCUACCUCGCCCUCGGCUUCCGCCUCCCAGCCCCACACGGGUUCAAAGACCUCGUGAAGACCAUCCUCUGGUUCAUGCAGCGCAAGGGCCUCACCACCCUCAACCACCACGACAGCGCCCUCUCCUACACGGGCCAAUUCCGCAACAUCACCCUGCGCACCUACAAGGCCAUCACCAAGGAGCUCCCCCCGCCCACCACCGACGGCAGUACCCGCAUCGACUACCACCGCCGCUCGCAGCUCCUCCUCGUCACCCUCCGUGGCGAGCUGCACAUCCGCAUCAUCCGCGCCGCAUGCAUUGCCAUCCCGACCAUGCUGUUCGAACAGGGCUUCUUCGACGACAGCGGCGCCCUCAGCAUCAUCGCAACAAAUAGCCUAAGGGGAAAGACGUGCCAUGGGGAGGCGGGGGAUAUGCCGCACAUCGACCCGGACUGUAGUGUCCGCCUUGAGGGCAUGAAGGCCCCAUUCGUGUAUGUCGAGGUGGAUAGUAGUGAUGUGGCGAACACGUUUUCGCGCCGCUGUGGGAGGUUGAAGGCGCAUACGCUGCUGCUGGGACGGAAUGGAAUGCCGCGGCCGAGGUUUGUGGUUGUGGUGAAUCUGGUGAGGAGGGCGCGCGGUGGGAAGGAGGAUGGGGAUGGGGAUGGGGAUGGGGAUGGGGAGAAGGGCGACGACCCGUAUGAGGAGAGGUAUCCGUAUGUGAGUGUGAGGGUGGCGGUGCUGUCGACGAAGCUGGUACCGAUCCCCGAGACGGAUAGGAUGAAGAUGGAGGUUGUGACGGUGAUGCAGACGGUCGAGGUGUGGCCGAAGGUGCCAGAGGUGGGGGAGGGGGCAGAGGGCGUGUGGGCGUUGACGUGGGAGGAUAUGAAGGUGAAGUGCUAUCCGGGGAGGUUGAGGGAUAAGGUCUUUGUGGUGGACUGGAGGUGGCUGCAUGAGUGUGUGAAGGGGUUUGAGCGCCAUACGGAAAGUUGUGGGUGUGAGGGGUGUAAACCGAAGGCGGCGGCAGAGACGGACGGAGGGGAGGAGGAGGUCUGA